CACCGCCCAGCUAUGCCCUGGCGUGCUGGGAGCGCUGGAAUGAUAGCGGCUCCUCCUCGCUCGUCCUGAAGAAGUUUCUCAUGGCCUCCCAGCCGCCUGGCCCACCAGCCCUCCCGGUGGCUUCUCCAGCCCAGCGUUGACCCCUGCACCGGAGGGAGGGGCGGCCCGUGGGGCACUCUUGGGUCCCCCCCGAUGCCAGGCGUCAAGCCACAGUCAGGAAGCAGCUCUUCCCUACUAGGAUUGCCCCAGGAGCGGCUGCAUGUCUGUCUCGAGCACACACGUAGCUGCAAGGAGGACAGAGGGGCACGGCUCCCCCCAGGCCACACUGGCCCUGCCGCCGUCCUGCUCUCCCACACCAGCACCUAGGAGAGUGGCUGUGCUGCCAGGGGCAACCAGGGGUCCACAGGCCUGGGUGCUGAUGAGACCCUCUGGUGGUGAAGGGUGGCGGGCCGCGGAGGCAGGGUGGGUGGCUGGAGGGUCCAGGCAGUGCCACAGCGAGGGUCUCAGGGCUGCAGGGGAAGGCCGUCCACCCAGGUCUCCCUCACUUUGAGAUGGAGGCUUUGCUGUGGCUCCAUCUCUGGCCCCAAGACCCUCCUUGGGUGUUUCUCUGACGUCCUCUCUGCUCAGUUCACCUCGUCCGGCAUUCGGAACUUGGGGGGCAGACCCCGACCCUGUAAGCUGGAGACACGGCGCACCAGCGAGUAGGGCCGGGUCCUCCCCAUGCCUUCCCCAGCCGCAGGCACGAGGGGCCUGCUUGCUGCCCCACAACCUGCGCUGUCUGCUCGGCCUGCCCCAAGCCAUUGUUGCUGUGGGCUUCUCUGUUUCCAUGACGACCAUGGGGGGUUGGCUACUUCCCAAGGUCGCCAUGGCAACUAUCAGAGGGGAAUCAUGCUUGGGAUGCUUUGGCUGGCUUUUUCAUGAAUGAUUAGAAUGUGUGACACAAUGCAGACGCGAAACGAGCAGGGCGGGGCGGGCGGCCGGGGCUGGCGGGCGGCAGAGAAGGCUCCCGCCAGACGGUCAGUGAGCUCUGGAGGUGGUGACUCCCACCUCCCCUGGUCGCGGGCUGGCUGGCGUAGGGAGCCCCCGCCCACGCUCUGGGCCUCAGGUCAUGGCUGUGGGGCAGCCUAGGUGAAGGUGGUGAUGUCACAGCUGCAGUGCCCUUGGCGGAGUUACCAUUUCCAAGCGGUUCUGUCCGGGUGACUGUACCCAGGUUAUGACGACUAAUCCCAAAGCGAACAAGGCGUUGAAGGUCAAGAAGGAGGCGGGCGAGAACGCCCCGGUGCUCGGCGACGAUGAGCUGGUGUCCAUGUCGGUGCGGGAGCUGAACCAGCACCUGCGCGGCCUCACCAAGGAGGAGGUGGUCCGCCUGAAGCAGCGGCGCCGCACGCUCAAGAACCGCGGCUACGCGGCCAGCUGCCGCAUCAAGCGCGUGACCCAGAAGGAGGAGCUGGAGCGGCAGCGGCUGGAGCUGCAGCGGGAGGUGGAGAAGCUGGCCCGGGAGAACAGCAGCAUGAGGCUCGAGCUGGACGCCCUGCGCUCCAAGUACGAGGCCCUGCAGACCUUCGCCCGCACCGUGGCCCGCGGCCCCGUCACGCCCACCAGGGUGGCCACCACCAGCGUCAUCACCAUCGUCAAGUCCGCCGAGCUCUCCUCCGCCUCCGUGCCCUUCUCGGCCGCCUCCUAGUGCCCGGCGGGGGGGCGGGGGGCGCGGGGUGCUGGUCGAGGGCCCCACAGGGAGCGGACCCCUUCACGCCGGAGUCAGAUUGCGGACCCGUGCCGGGCUCGGGCCGGGGCUGGAAAAGAGUGGGGUUCCCGGGGGCCCGAGUGCCACCUGCUCUACACCCGCACGCGCCCACGCGCCCACGCGCCCCGCCUUCCCCCGGGCCCUGCCGCCUCGCUCAGGGCCGUUUCCAGGCUCCGUCUUGCGCUGGGGGAGUUGGGACGUGUGGAGGGAAGAAGGUCCUUGGGCGGUUCCCGGCCCAGAUGUCUUCCGCCCCUCCCACAAGCAGCGCGUCCGUCCCCUGCUCGGCCCCCUGGCCAGAGCAGGACCCCCUCACCGCCCUGACCACCCCUGGGUGCCCCCGGAUGAACCGUGCCCCAAGGGGUCCGAACACCCCGGGAUCCUGCUUCAGCCUCAGCCAGAGGCCUGUGCCCCGUGAGCGGGUGGAGGAAGGGCUGCAUGUGCAUGAGAGCGUGUGCGAGCCUGUACACACGAGUGCGUGCAAGCACGUGUGCACGUGUACCUGUCCUCCCGUCCGUGUGCCAGUAGCGCUGGGGGCCUUGGGGAGCGGCUUGUUAAUGGGGCUCGGGCGAGCCUUGGGCUUUCCCCGCUGUGUUGGGUGACCUAGGGCAGGUCCCCAUGGAGGAGCAGCAGCCGCCUGGCCGGGGAGGGGGAGCCCUGUGUUCCGUGUGGAACAGGUGUGAAGGUGGCGGCGGCAGCCUCGGGCACGGGCCACGGAGCUGGGCAGCGGCGCCCGUGGUCCCGCCUGUGGGUCCUGCUGCUGGAGGAGAUGAGAGCAGGGAGAAGGGUGGGGUUGGAGAAAGAGGAGUGAGGAUGGUGGGGGGAGGUGAUGAUGGGGGCGGCACUGGGCUGGAAAGGUGGCAAGGACCAGCUGCCGGGAGUGCUUGGACGGUCAGUCGGCAGAGGACACGGGGACUCUGCAACCUUGGUGCUUAAUCAUCGCCUGGACCCUUCACCCGCUCUUCCUUUCUGGCACUCGGAGCCACUGAUGACUGGGGGGACUUUGCUGGGGUGUCCUUUCCCAGAGCCGCUGCGGGGCUUCCCGCGUGGCUAGGCAGGGGCCGCCCCUUCCUGCCCCACCUGGGAAGAUGCUGGGACCGAGGGGUGGGCAGCGAGCCCGGAGCCCACCACGGGCCAGAAGCCCUGGGCUCCAGCUCGCGGUUUCCUCUUGGCUUGCCUCCCACCGUUUAGUAAGCCCCCCAGCAAGCUGCAAAGCCCCCGCGCAGGGUGCCAGCCGUCCCGGGAGGAGUGGGGGGAGGGGGGAGGGCCCCAAGGGCUACAGUCAAAAAGCGUCCCCCUGUCCUGGGAGAAGGCGCAGGGUCUGGGGCGUCUGGGUCCUUCCGGAGCCACGGCCGGUGUGUAAAGAAGCUGUUGAUACUAUAGCCGUGGUAGGUAAUCCACAUUGGAUAUCAGUAAGGACCACGGGGAUAUUUAAAAGAGAGAAGAGUAUAUAUAUAUAUAAAAUUAUAUGCACAUUUUAUCCUACAGAUUUUCAUACCUUUCCUUCCUAUUUGAUACUGUAAAAGCCUCUCUAGGGCAGAGCUGCCUGGGAGUGUGGGUAGGAGCGGGACCACCACCCGCGACUGGCUUCUCAAGUCGGCCGCUCGCCGCCCACCGCUGCCCUUGGGCCGCCUCCCAGCCAGGUGCCCCGCGGGGAGGGCGGGCGGCCUGGGCUCUCCUGGGCUCUCCGAGCGCCUGAUCCGCAGCCUCCACUCCCCGGGACCAGGCCUGGGAGACCAGCGUGAUCCCUCCCCCUCCUCUCAGAGCGUUGAAAUUUCAUUGUCACAGUUUUAAUAUAUGGAUGUUUUAAUUUAAGAAAACAGGCACAGCCCCCUGGCUGGGGGGGCUGGUUUCCCGUCCCCUGUGCUUCCGGCUCACUUGCCGCCCCGGGUGACAGGGCCCUGCGUAGGCCCCGCUCCCAUUUCCCGCACCUCUGGCCACUCAGCAGUUUCAUUUCAAUAUUUAUUUUUGUGCUGCUUUUAUCAUGAUAUAAAUUAUUGAGAAGAGACCCUAUGUCGUGGCCCCCGUGGUGUGACGCGCGGCCUGUGCCCGCCCGUCCCCUCCCGGCCACACCUAAUUUAUUGCUGUACAUCUCUGCCGUGACGCUUUUGUACCUUUCAAUAAAGAGUUUUCUGGUU